AUGUCUCUUUCCGAUCAUACCUUUUUAGCUAUUUGUCAAGCUCACUUGGGCAAUCAUGACAUUUUUUAUUGUCCUUCUUUACCUAGGUGUCAUGCGUCAUGGUCUUUGGGGCGAUCAUGUCACUUUCGAUCCUUCUUCCUUACCUAUGUUUCAUGCUCGCUUAGACAAUCAAAUCUCUUUGCAAUUCUCCUUCCUUACCUAGGUGUCAUUCUCGCUUGCGCAAUCAUGUCUCUUUUCGAUCCUGCUUCCUCAUCUAGGUGUCAUGCUUGCUUGCGAAAUCACUUCUUUUAUCGAUCCUCCUUCCUUACUUAUGUGUCAUGCUCUCGUCAUGCUCGCUUAGGCGAUAUUGUCUCUUUUCGAUUCUCCUUUCUUACCUACGUUUCAUGCUCAGUUGGGCAAGCAGGUCUCCGUCUGCUCCUCCUUCCUUACCUCGAUGUAAUGCUCGCUUGGACAAUCAAGUCUUUUUACGAACCAUAUUCCUUACCUAGGUGUCAUGCUCCCUUGGACAAUCACGUCUCUUUUCGAUCCUCCGUCCUUACCUGGGUGCCAUGCUCGUUUGGGCAAUCAUGUCUAUUUUCGAUCCUUCUUCCUAACCUAGGCUUCAUGAUCGCUUGGGCGAUAAUGUCUCUUUUUGAUUCUCCUUACUUACCUGAGUAUCAUCUCGCUUGGGCGUCAUGCUCGAUUGGGCAGCCAUGCCUCUUUUCGAUCCUCCUUCAUUCCCCAGGUUUAAUAAUCGAUGCAUGCUUGCGCGAUCAUGUCUCUUUUCUCUCCUCCUUUGUUAAAAAAUGCCAGGCGUUAUUCUCGCUUGGGCUAUCUUGUCCUUAUUCUAUCCUCCUUACUUCCAAAUAUGCCAUGCGUGAUGCUCGCUUUGACGAUCGUGUUUCUUUUUCUAUCUUGCUUCCUUCCGCAGGUUCCUUGCCUAAUUCUCCUUUAAGCGAUCAGGAUGUUUUUUUUUAUCAUCCCUAA